AUGACCUUAAAUCUUUGUGUACUGACCCCUAAUAGAAUUGUUUGGGAUGCAGAAGUGAAAGAAAUAAUUCUAUCUACUAAUAGUGGUCAAAUUGGCGUAUUACCCAAUCAUGCCCCUAUUGCGACAGCUGUAGAUAUAGGUAUUUUAAGAAUACGUCUUAAUGACCAAUGGUUAACAAUGGCUCUGAUGGGCGGUUUUGCUAGAAUAGGCAAUAAUGACAUAACCAUUUUAGUAAAUGAUGCGGAGAAGGGUAGUGACAUUGAUGCACAAGAAGCUCAGGAAACUCUUGAAAUAGCGGAAGCUAAUUUGAAAAAGGCUGAAGGAAAGAGACAAAUAAUUGAAGCAAAUCUAGCGCUCCGCCGAGCUAGGACACGAGUAGAGGCUCUCAAUGUGGUUUGA